AUGAAUGGUGGAGCGGGCGUUUGGGCCAUCACUCCGGAGGAACGGGGCAAACAUGACAAACAGUUCGACAGCCUCGCUCCUGUCCUUGGCUUUGUCUCAGGGGAACAGGCCAGGAAGUUUUUCCUUCAGUCUGGCCUACCUCCUUCAGUUCUUGCUGAAAUAUGGAACCUAGCAGACAUUGACAGUGAUGGAAAGAUGGACAGAUUAGAGUUCUCCAUCGCAAUGAAGCUCAUAAAACUCCUACUUCAAGGGCGGAACUUACCCACAUCCCUCCCCAUCAUCAUGAAGCAGACCCCUCUGUCCAAUGCUGGCUCGACUAUUCCCUCCUCUGCACGUUUUGGAAUGGGAUCAAUGCCAAACCUGUCCAUCGGUGUGCCGCCCAUGCCACCUAUGGCUUCUAUGCACAUUCUAACCCCCAUCCCGGCUAACCCUGCCAUGCCCUCUCUUCAACCCAUGAUUCCAACGCCUAUGACCCUGCCCCUCAUCCCCAUGGGACACCCCAGACUUACCAACGGCAGCCUCCUCACUCCGCCAGCGCUGUCCAACACAGCAGGGCUGCCUCUGUCUGGUUUCUCCUCACCUAUGGCCUUCUCUCCAACCGAAUGUUUGUCUAAAGCCAACUCAUUACUGGACUUGGGAUCCAGCAGUUCGAAUUCUUCCUCCACUACGUCGUUGGCCAGUAUCUCUCCAAAGACGGGAGCGAGCGACUGGGCCGUUCCACAGGCUUCAAGACUCAAGUACCGGCAGCAGUUCAACACACUGGACAAACUCAUGAGCGGAUACUUGUCUGGGCCUCAAGUAAGAAAUGCACUAAUAGCCUCCAACUUGACACAAACUCAGCUCGCUACCAUCUGGACUUUGGCUGAUGUGGACAAAGACGGUCAGUUGAGAGCAGAUGAAUUCAUUCUGGCCAUGCAUCUGGUGGACAUGGCUAAAACGGGGCGCCCCCUUCCCUUGACACUGCCCCAAGACCUAGUUCCACCUUCUUUCCGCGGAGGAACAAAGCUUAUUGAGCUUGUUAAUGGAAAUGGCCCCUACACAGCUCCCUGCUUAUUAGACAUAGAGAAUGAGCCUGUGCCCAAGAACAAAAACCCCAGUGUGUCCUAUGAAGACAAACUGAAAGAGAACUUUGCUCGUGGAAGUGCUGAGUUGGAGAAGCGUCGUUUAGCACUGGAGGAGCUGCAGAAGAAGGAGAAGGAGCGGCGAGAGCGAGAGGAGAGAGAAGCCCAGGAGCAAAGGGAGCGAGAAGCCCGAGAGCAGGAGCACCGGCAGAGACUGGAGGAGGAGCGCAGGCUGGAGAGACAGCGGGAGAUCGAGAGGCAGAGGGAGGAGGAGCGGCUCCGGGAACUGGAGAGAAAAGAGGCAGCAAAACAUGAGUUGGAGCGCCGCAUGAGGGAGGAGUGGGAGCGUGACAGAAAAGAGGAGCUGAGCAGAAGACGAGAAGGAGAACAGGAGGAGAUCUCUAACCUCAGAGCCCGGAAGAAGUGUCUGGAGCUGGAGCUUGAAGCUGUGGGAAACAAGCACAAACACAUCUCUGACCGCCUCCGAGAUGCACAAAGCAAAAGGAGGAUUCAGAAAGCGGAGGUGGACCUGAUCAACCAGAAAAGAGACGCACGUAUUGCUGAUAUCAACACUCUGCAGAUCCAGUUUGAGGACUGGCAGAGGAAACUUUCCCAGCUGGUCCCUGAACAACAGCGACUGACGGAGAAGCUCAGGACCAUCAGUCUCAACAAGGUCCCUGAGGGGACACUGCUGAAUCUGACCGACACUGUGACAGAAAAGGGCGUGAGCUGCCGGCGCCUGAAGGACCAGCUCAAUGCCUUGGAGCGAGAGACCACCGGUAAACUGGAGGAGAUGGAGCAGUACAAGAAAGAGCUGCAGGAGCUGAGGGAGAAGCAGGUGAAGCAGCAGGCCGUCCUGGCCGACCUGCACAGAGUCAAAGAGGAGAAACACCGGGAGCUGCAGAGGAGGCAGGACGAAGAGAGGGAGAGGAGGAGAAGGGAAGAAGAGGAGGAGAGGGAGAGGAGGAGGAGGGAGGAAGAGGAGGCUGCACGACUUGCAAAGUUGGAGCAGGAGCGACUGGAGCAAGAGAGGAGAGAGCAAGAGAGACGCGAACACGAGAGGCGCGAACAAGAAAGACGUGAACAAGAGAGACGAGAACGUGAGCGGCUCGAGCAGGAGCAAAGGCAAAGGGAAGAGGAGGAGGCGCGUCAGAGGAGGCUGCAGGAGGAACAGAGAGCCCGACAGAGGGAGGAGGAGGAGAGGGAGGCCCAGGAGCGACUCAGGGCAGCUCAAGAGAAAGCCCAGGAGGAGGAGAGACGCAGGAGAGAGGAGGAGAAGAGGAGAGAGGAGGAGGAGAGGAGACUGAGGGAGGAGGAGGAGCAGAGGAGAAGAAAUGAAGAGCAGCAGAGACUUCAGAAAGCAUUGUUGGUCUCCCAGACACCGCCCAAACUCACCACCUACAAAGCACUGUAUACGUUUGUGGCUCGCAACGCAGAGGAGCUGGGGGUGGAAGCUGACUGCCUUAUCGAGGUGGAGGAGCAGACGGUCGGAGAGCCUGGCUGGUUGUGUGGGAGUUACCGUGGAAACCGGGGCUGGUUCCCUCAGAGUUACGCACAAAAAUGUGGUCCACACGAGGCGUCCACAGAGACCGGACCCACCUCACCGCUGCGCCGGCCUUCCUGUUUACCGCAACCACUUAACACUGGAAUCCCAGAAAUUGAUGUUGAAUGUGACAGCAUUGUACCCACGCAAACAGAUGCUUUACAGAUCCCAUUCCCGCUGUCGGCCCGUGCGCUUUCUUCAUGGUCACCUUCGUCAGACCGGGACCUGCACUUUUCUGGAGGCGAUGUCAUCAAAUCGCUGCUCUCCUUCUCGCAGGGCGACCUGAUCAACGUGCUGCAGCAGAGGGACGACUGGUGGCUCGGGCAGCUCAACGGGACACAAGGAUGGUUCCCCAAGAGCUAUGUGGUGUUGGAGUCAGCAGGCAGCACAGAUGCGGACUUAGAUUCUGACACUCAGCUAGAUGAAUAUGUGGCCCUGUACACAUAUGAAAGCCCAGAGGUUGGGGACUUGACUUUUGUUGAGGGCGAUGUUGUUGUGGUGACGGAGCGAGAGGGGGAGUGGUGGAGAGGAUGCAUCGGGGACCAGACUGGUGUUUUCCCUUCCAACUACGUGCGGCCUGUUGAGCCAGAGUCAUCUAAACCUGGAGGUCCUAACAAAAAGCCAGAGAUUGCUCAGGCCGUCACAGCCAAUGUUUCCCCCAUGAUGCACCAGCUCUGUCUGUCUCCAGGACAACUGAUUGUUGUACAGGCCAAGAACUCCACUGGGUGGUGGCUUGGGGAACUGCAGGCUCGUGGAAAGAGGCGUCAGAGAGGCUGGUUUCAUUCCUCUCAUGUCAAACUCUUAGGUCCCUCCAGCAGCAAGUUGUCGCCCUCCCCUUUGCCCGUGUGUCAGGUUAUCGCCAUGUAUGACUACACCGCUGCUAACCCGGAUGAACUGAGCUUCUCCAAGGGUCAGCUGAUCAGCAUCCUGGACAAGACCAACCCAGACUGGUGGAAAGGAGAGGCCAAAGGGGUAAUUGGCCUCCUACCCACAAAUUACAUCAAGAUGACCACAGAAUCUGAUCCCAGCCAACAAUGGUGUGCAGACCUCAUGACCCUGGACACCAUGAGCCCACAGGAGCGAAAGAGGCAGGGCUACAUCCACGAGCUCAUCCAGACUGAGGAGACUUAUGUGGAGGACCUGGAGCUGGUGCUGGAUGUGUUUCACAAACCCAUGUCCGAGUCUGGUCGUUUGACGGAGGACGAGAUGGCGGCCAUCUUUGUGAACUGGAGAGAGCUCAUCAUGUGCAAUACCAAACUUCUCAAUGCGCUGCGAGUUCGUAAAAAGACGGGGGGAGAGAACAUGCCAGUGCAGUUGAUCGGGGACCUGUUGGCCUCAGAGCUCACCCACCUACAGCCAUACAUUCACUUCUGCUCCUGUCAGCUCAAUGCUGCUGCUCUGCUUCAGAGCAAGACAUACAACCAGCAAGACUUUAAAGGCUUCCUCAAGAAGAUCGCCACAAACUAUCGGUGUAAAGGAAUGCCCCUCUCCAGUUUCCUGCUGAAGCCCAUGCAGAGGAUCACUCGGUACCCACUCCUCAUAAAGAAUAUCUUGGAGCACACUCUUGAGUCUCAUGCAGACCAUGGCCCCUUGAGAGAUGCACUGGAGCGAGCUGAAGAGCUGUGCUCACAGGUGAAUGAAGGCGUGAGAGAGAAGGAGAACUCUGACCAACUGGAGUGGAUACAGAGUCAUGUGCAGUGUGACGGAUGCAUAGAGCACUUGGCCUUCAACUCGCUGACAAACUGCCUGGGGCCCCGGAAGCUGCUGCACAGUGGUCGCUUGUACAAAACCAAGAGCAGCCGGGAGCUGUGGGCUUUUCUCUUCAAUGACUUCCUCCUCCUCACACACAGUGCCAAACCAUUCUCAUCAUCGGGACAAGACAAGCUUUUCAGCCUCAAGACAAGUAUCCAGCUGAAGAUGUACAAAACGCCUUUGUUUUUGAAUGAAGUCUUGGUGAAAAUGCCUCCGGAUCCUUCCAGCGAUGAGCCUGUGUUUCACGUGUCCCACAUUGAUCGAGUCUACACACUUAAGACCGAGACUUUAAAUGAGCGGGCAGCAUGGGUCCAAAAAAUCAAAGCAGCCUCUGAGAAUUUUAUUGAGACUGAGAAGAAAAAAAGAGAGAAAGCUUAUCAAGCUCGAUCUCUUAAGUCCAGUGGUAUUGGGCGACUGCUGGUCACUGUCACUGAAGCUCAAGAGCUCAAGGCCUGUAAGCCAAACGGAAAGAGUAACCCAUACUGUGAGCUGACUAUGGGGGCUCAGUGCUACACCUCUCGCCCAGUGACCGACACGCUGAACCCAAAAUGGAACUUCAACUGCCAGUUCUUCAUCAAAGACGUGUACCAGGACGUCCUCUGCAUCACGGUGUUCGAGAAAGACCAGUUCUGCCCCGACGAUUUUUUGGGUCGCACUGAAGUCCCCGUGGCCACGAUAAAGAAGGAGAUGGAAAGCAAAGGAGCAGCUAACCGACGCCUCCUGCUGCACGAGGUUCCCACCGGAGAAGUGUGGGUCAAACUGGACCUGCAGCUGUACGAGCCCGCCACAUAG